UCCAACCUGGAUUCCUACAACUUUCGCAACAGCAUCGGAUGCAGGCGAAGGAGAUUCUCUUAGCUCUUUCCAAUCUGCCACUACUCCAGGAUCUGCUGCUGUUGAUCAACAGUCUGAUGCAGUAGAUGCUGUUGACCAGCAGUCUGAUGAACAGUCAUUCGACGCAAUCAGCAGACAUAAAUUAAGCUUAACCAUCGUGGGAAGCAACAGUCAUGACGUCCCGAAAGUUGAGGAUCAUGACGAUGCAAAAGAGGCCAGGAAUAUGAAUAUGUUUGAAGAAGAUACACGCAGCUCAUGGAGCGGCGAACCGAAACAAACGAACCUCAAGGAUACUAUUGAUCAAGUAAUUGAUGAAGAUUCUCGAGCCAGCUUGAACAGUCAAAAAAGUUCCAAAAGUUCGGUUAAAAGGAAAUGCUCCGACGAUGAGGAUAAUAAGCAUUCGUUUCCUCCUGAGAAUUUAUUUGAAUAUAUGUGGCCCCAGGAUAAUGGUGAGUUUUACAUUUUGCAGGAACAAAUAUGUGACUAUUUAAAUGUUAAGUCUUUUAAACGAAAGUAUCCCGAACUGGUUCGUAGAACUGUCGAUAUAGACGAAAAGCAAUUCCUGAAGGAAAGAGGGGUUGUUACAGAAAUGCAAUGCGAUCUCGGCCUAACUGCUUUGCGAUCAGAGGAAGUGCUUGAAUUGCUGAGCAAAGACUACCCUGACCAGUAUAAAGAGUAUAUUAAAGUCUUACGAGAAAAAGAGCAGAGGAGCAUUAGCGAGAAGCAUAAAGAAUAUGCUGCAUCUAAUGCCGAUAAGACUAAGAUGGGAGAUUUGCUGAAGAAAGCCGUCCAAUCCGCUGCAGAGUAUAAUGCACAUUUAAACCAAGAGCGAAGAGAAGAAAGAAGAGCAUGCAUGGAUCUUCAAACUUUCACUAUUCAUUACCCCGUUAAGCCAAAUAAACCGAAAGUUUCCACAAAGCCGGGCAAAUAUCCUGUUGCGCUCUUACCAGGACAGUUUCAAGAUUACUACAAAGCAUACACUCCAGAAGAGUUGAAAUACUUACCAGUGAACACCGUCUUGUACGGACCUUUGAAAGAGCUGAAUAGCGUGAUCGUACCAUCCGACGGCAGCCAUUCGGAUUCUGAAGACAGCACUGCAUCUGAAGGAUCCUGCUGCAGUUCAAGUCAAGGAACUCAUGACGACAGCAGUUCCAGUUCGGAAAAGAACGAUAAACCGGAAAAUAACCGAAAGGCUAGCGUUACUUCUGACAAAAAUUCUGCUCGGCCUUCCUCGCCCUAUCGACCCAAAGUGAAACCGAACGCUACUUGCAAAGUCUGCAAGCUGGGUCCUGAUGGUAGGUUAAAAGACGGUAAGCAACAGGAGCUUGUACACUGUACAGACUGUGAUAAUAGUGCCCAUCCGUCUUGCAUCGAGUUGACUUUGGAUGUAGUCAAUGUUUUGAAAACUUAUCCUUGGCAAUGUACAGAUUGCAAAGUGUGUUCACAUUGUAGGGACCCAAAUGAUGAGGAUAAAAUGCUCUUCUGUGAUUUGUGUGAUCGUGGUUAUCAUACUUUUUGUGUGGGUUUAAAGAGCCUCCCUCAAGGCAAGUGGGUUUGUCGAAGAUGUGGUUCAUGUUCUAUAUGUGGCGCAAAUCGUCCUGGACCAGAAUCUUCUAAAGCGCAGUGGCAGUAUGAUUUAGCUAAAAGUUCGAAUGAAGCGAACUUGAGUCGUCAUCCAAAAAUCAUGUGUCAGGCGUGCUUCAAAAAGAAACGGUAGUCAUUUAAAAGUAAAUCAUUCCAGUCAUACAUUUAAAAGACUCAUAUUAAAGUGUUAAUGUGCAAUGUCAUAAAUGAAUUAAAUUCAUUUGUAUGUGCUAAAUAAUUUAUCUUUGCAAUUUCCUAUAGGAAGACUUUGUUAUGAAAGUUUUUUGUGACAUUUUGAAUCUGCCUAAGCUUUUUGGAGCUAAAAAUUUAGUUUUUAAAUAUAGUAUUAAACCUUGGUACUCAGGCCAUGGCCAUACUAGUAUAGUUUGGUAUGAAUACUGUGCAUUUUGUAUAAUAAUAUGAAGUAUACGAAACUGAUUUCAUGUGGUAAGAUUUGGGAUGUCGCCAAAAUCCUAAAUAACUGUAAGACUCUCUCCUAAUGUUUUUUAGAAAGGGUUAUAGAGUUUGAAUCUUUAGAAUUUAUUUGUA